CUACCUUUAAGUUGAAACACAAUACGUUCUAAAUUAAAAUGAUUCACCGGCAUUUAAUACGUUUGAUUAUAUUCUUGCUAGCGAACGUCCAUCAAUCGUUCGUUUCUUCCAAUGAAAUAGUGAUUGAAGCCCGGCUCAACGUUCUCCUCACUAAUUAUGUAGGCUGGUAUGAGAUGACAAACGUAAUAGCCCGUCUUGAAAUUGUUCCAGGAGAAGACGAGUUUCAAGUCUCCUCGACACAAUUGUCGUCGCUACUUCAAGUCGAAGCAGGAGUUCUUGCUCGCAUGUAUACGUUUCUCUAUAGUUCUAUUGGAUGGCAAGAAAUCACUAACGUGCGAGGUAUACUUGAGACAAAUGAAGACAAUAAUGUCAUAUACAACUCACAAGAUCUGUACAACAUACUUGAAGAAAACAACACACCGGUGGUAGAAGAAAACGCUGAAGACUUAUACUUGAAGGCCGUCACGUUGCUAGGUUGUAAGUAUAUGGACGUGUUGUUAAAGUAUUUAAAUCUAUUAUGGCAAAAUUUCAUGUAUUGCCAAAGUAUAGGCAACGAAAAAUUUGACAAAGAUACUAUUUUUCAACAUUUUUUACAAUGUUUUAUGUUUGCGUUAAAUCAAGCAAAAACAUCAUUAACCAUGUUUGAUUAUUUACACAGUGCGUUAAGAUGUUUUGAGGAAAUGUAUAUUACCUACGUGGCAUAUAUUAAAGAAUUUAGUGACCAAGUGACUAGGUUAAGUGAUUAUUCUAAAUCUCAAGUCGAUACAUACUUGUUAACAAAUUACAUUGAUGAUAAUGGAAGUGUUAAUGUUAAUGCAAUUAUAAAAGCCAUGAAAUCUAUAGCCGGCUUUAUGAUUGAUACCUUAGUCAUAAUUAAAGGACUUGCAGACAUAAGAUGCGACCUACUUGAUGCCAACAUUCAGACUUAUGAUCUAUUUCAGAAAGAUUUCAAAAAUACUUAUCCUGAAAAUUCGACAAUGGAAACACUAACAUACAUCGAAAUUCGAAUGAAUCAACUCAGAAACGAGACCAUUCAAAAUUUCUUUCACGGUCUAGGUUUUGUGUACGAUGAAACUUUGAAUAAAGCUAUUGUACCUGUUUUUUGGAGUCCAUCAAUGAUAAAUGGUGAACUACAUGAUACAAACGUAAACACACAAUAAAACUGUGUAUAUCUUAUAUAUUUCUUUUACAUUUCAAAAUUUACCUUUGUAAUAUUAUUUUUUCAAAUUACAAUACAUUAAGCUUACUAUAUUUUGUACACUUGGCACUUUUAGUACUGGCCAUUGUAAACAAUAUCCGGUCUAUGUGUAUAAUUAUCAAUAUAGCUUGACAUACUCGGGCAUUGUGCACUUAGUCCGGUCAGUGUUUACUUUGACUAUUUAUCCUCUUGGACCGUAACAUAUAUAUCUAAAUGUA